AUGGUUGUCCUUUUACAACGCAGUGCGUUGUCGUGGUUCUUGUGUCGAAGGCAACCUUGGUUUGAAAUUCCGAAGUUUUACACGAAAACCCUGCGAUUGAAGAAAGGAUGCGUGUUGGAGACGGACUACGCGAAUUUCCUUGCGCCCGGACUGGACGGGAGCUACCGGAAGAACGGGUACUUGAUGGGCGAGCCGACAGAGAGCGGCCUAGGUUCCGUGGUGUCGCCGUGCGCCGCCCUGGAAGACCUGGCUGGGAUCCCGUCGCCGGCGGCCAGCGAGGAAGACCGUCGGCCGCCGGAAACGAGCAGUCGAUGCGUGCCCCUGAGCAAACUGUUUCAGAGGCGGCGGAUCGUGCGAGUGCCGCCGCAUCGGCGACCCGACGACGCGCCGCGGUCCCUGGCAGAGUUUGAGAACCCCGUUUUGGCGGCGUCCAAGAUCCACGCUGCCAUUCAUCCGGUUCUUUCUUCCAUGAAAGUGAAGCGUUCAUCAACCUGUGCAAUCUGGUCCCACGAACACGCUCACUUGGCGAAUAAAUUUUUGCUCGAGCAGUUCUCGCGUGUUUCCGUCGACUGCUACGAAAUGAACGAACAGUCCGCCGUUUUGAAUGUGUAUAUUGAAUUUCUUGCCGCCCUGGAAGACGGACCGGGUCGUUCGACGGAGACAAGCGCAGAGCAGUCGCAGCGGAACCGGUUGAGCGGCGGCGACGGUGGCACGGAAGAAGAAGACGAGUCGGAGCGGUGUCCGUCGCGCGGGAGCAGCCGGGCUACGGGUUCGGGUGUUGCUGGGGGUUCGUCCCGAUCCAAACCCGGGUUGGGUUCUCCGAAGGCAUCGAGCAGUGGACGGUACAAGGACCGAUACCGGGACAAGGCUCGACGGAAGGCCAAGUGGGAUCGUCGGGACGGGAGGAAGUCGUCGUCGCGGGUCGACAGCACGGCUUCGUCGCCGGCUCGGAAUGGAUUGUUGUUCUUUGAUGCCGAAGACGUGCAUUUAGGUCAACCCGUAAGUAAGGAAAGACACCAUGGACUGCAUAAAGAGGAAACCUUCAUCACGUCCCCAAUGUGGCACUACGCUUCGACCAGCUCGACCAACCGGUCGUCUUCGGCUCGUUGA